GCGCGCCGCUCAAACGUCAAACCCCGCCCCGCCCGCUCGCCGCUCGGACUUCUAUUGGCUGGCCCAGGGACGCCGGGCUCCGAUUGGGCCUUUCAAACAGGCCACGGCGUUUUUUUUCUCUCGGCCAAUCCGAGGCCUAGAUUCUGUUUCCGCCCACAUGCGCGCGCUGAGCGGAAGCGAGGGCGUUGCCCUGGCAACAGCCGGGGAUCCCGCGGCGCUCCAGCGCUGAUGGAUAGGUCUCGCGAGAACCCCGCGAAAUGGGGAUUAUUUCUACCUAGAGCUGCCACCUGGAGGUGCCCGCCUGGCUGACUGGGUCACCCACGCGGGUGCAGGCUCCCAAGAACUUGGGCCGGCCUCCGCUGCUUUCCCAGGCCACAAGCAGGGAGCUGUUGGGAAGUGGAGCAUCCGGGACGCGAACUGGCGCCUAUGUGGAUAAAAUUGGAAAUCAGCAGCAAAAAGACUCCAGCAAAUAUAUGAAUACAUGGAGACUGAAUAGUAUGUUCCUGAUUGAAUAAAGAGAUGCCCUUCGAAGGAGCCCGGCUGAGUAUGAGGAGCAGGAGGAACGGUGGCCUGGGCAGCACACGCACCCUGUACUCCAGCGUGUCUCGGAGCACGGACGUGUCCUACAGCGAAAGUGAAUUGGUGGAUUUCAUCCAAGCAAAUUUUAAGAAACGGGAAUGUGUCUUCUUUACCAAAGACUCAAAGGCCACGGACAGUGUGUGCAAGUGUGGCUAUGCCCAGAGCCAGCACAUCGAGGGCACCCAGAUCAACCACAACGAGAAGUGGAAUUACAAGAAGCACACCAAGGAGUUUCCCACCGACGCCUUUGGGGACAUCCAGUUUGAGACCCUGGGGAAGAAAGGAAAGUAUAUCCGCUUGUCCUGCGACACGGACGCCGAGACCCUGUAUGAGCUCCUGACUCAGCAUUGGCACCUGAAAACUCCCAACUUGGUUAUUUCCGUCACCGGCGGCGCCAAGAACUUUGCCCUGAAGCCGCGCAUGCGCAAGAUCUUCAGUCGUCUGAUCUACAUCGCUCAGUCAAAAGGUGCUUGGAUUCUCACUGGAGGCACGCACUAUGGCCUGAUGAAGUACAUUGGUGAGGUGGUGAGAGAUAACACAAUCAGCAGGAACUCGGAGGAAAACAUUGUGGCCAUUGGCAUAGCGGCGUGGGGCAUGGUCUCCAACCGGGAUACCCUCAUCAGGAAUUGUGAUGCUGAGGGAUAUUUUUCAGCCCAGUACAUCAUGGAUGAUUUCAAGAGGGAUCCUCUGUACAUCCUAGACAACAACCACACUCAUCUGCUGCUGGUGGACAACGGCUGUCAUGGCCAUCCCACCGUGGAAGCCAAGCUCCGGAACCAGCUGGAGAAGUACAUCUCUGAGCGCACCAGCCAAGAUUCCAACUAUGGCGGCAAGAUCCCCAUUGUUUGCUUUGCUCAAGGAGGUGGACGGGAGACUUUGAAAGCCAUCAACACCUCCAUCAAAAGCAAGAUUCCCUGUGUGGUGGUGGAAGGCUCGGGGCAGAUUGCUGAUGUGAUUGCCAGUCUGGUGGACCUGGAGGACACCCUGACCUCCUCCAUGGUCAAGGAGAAGCUUGUGCGCUUCUUGCCUCGCACGGUGUCCCGGCUGCCUGAGGAUGAGACUGAGACCUGGAUCCGAUGGCUCAAAGAGAUUCUGGAAAGUUCUCACCUGUUAACAGUUAUUAAAAUGGAAGAAGCUGGAGAUGAAAUCGUGAGCAAUGCCAUUUCCUAUGCUCUGUACAAAGCCUUUAGCACCAACGAGCAAGAUAAAGACAAUUGGAACGGGCAGCUGAAGCUGCUGCUGGAGUGGAACCAGCUGGACCUGGCCAGCGACGAGAUUUUCACCAAUGACCGCCGUUGGGAGUCUGCAGACCUUCAAGAAGUCAUGUUCACGGCUCUCAUAAAGGACAGGCCCAAGUUCGUCCGCCUCUUUCUGGAGAACGGCCUGAACCUGCAGAAGUUUCUCACCAAUGAUGUCCUCACCGAGCUCUUUUCCAGCCACUUCAGCACCCUGGUGUACCGGAACCUGCAGAUCGCCAAGAACUCCUACAACGAUGCCCUGCUCACGUUUGUUUGGAAGCUGGUUGCCAACUUCCGAAGAGGCUUCUGGAAGGAAGAAAGAAGUAGCAGGGAUGACUUGGAUGUGGAACUCCACGACGUGUCCUUCAUCACUCGGCACCCUUUGCAAGCUCUCUUCAUCUGGGCCAUCCUUCAGAACAAAAAGGAACUCUCCAAGGUCAUCUGGGAGCAGACCAGGGGCUGUACCCUGGCAGCCCUGGGAGCCAGCAAGCUCCUGAAGACACUGGCGAAGGUGAAGAAUGACAUCAACGCUGCUGGGGAGUCCGAAGAACUGGCAAAUGAGUAUGAGACCCGCGCCGUGGAGCUGUUCACGGAGUGUUACAGCAGUGAUGAAGAUUUGGCCGAGCAGCUGCUGGUCUACUCCUGUGAAGCCUGGGGUGGGAGCAACUGCCUGGAGCUGGCUGUGGAGGCCACCGACCAGCACUUCAUUGCCCAGCCUGGCGUGCAGAAUUUCCUUUCCAAGCAGUGGUAUGGAGAGAUCUCACGAGACACCAAGAACUGGAAGAUUAUUCUGUGCCUGUUUGUUAUACCCUUGGUGGGCUGUGGCUUUGUAUCGUUUAGGAAGAAGCCUGUUGACAAGCACAAGCGGCUGCUGUGGCACUACGUGGCCUUCUUCACUUCCCCGUUCGUGGUCUUUUCGUGGAAUGUGGUCUUCUACAUCGCCUUCCUGCUGCUCUUUGCCUACGUGCUGCUCAUGGACUUUCACUCCGUGCCACACACACCUGAGCUCAUCCUCUAUGCCCUGGUCUUUGUACUGUUCUGCGAUGAAGUGAGGCAGUGGUACAUGAAUGGUGUGAAUUACUUCACUGACCUGUGGAACGUGAUGGACACCUUGGGCCUGUUUUACUUCAUAGCAGGAAUCGUGUUCCGCCUUCAUCCUUCCAAUAAAAGCUCCUUGUACUCCGGGCGCGUUAUUUUCUGCCUGGAUUAUAUCAUCUUCACCUUGAGGUUGAUCCACAUCUUCACUGUGAGCAGAAACUUGGGCCCCAAGAUUAUCAUGCUGCAGAGGAUGCUGAUCGAUGUGUUUUUCUUCCUGUUCCUCUUUGCGGUGUGGAUGGUGGCCUUCGGUGUGGCCAGGCAAGGGAUACUGCGGCAAAAUGAGCAACGUUGGAGGUGGAUUUUCCGCUCGGUCAUCUAUGAACCAUACCUGGCCAUGUUUGGCCAGGUGCCCAGUGACGUGGACGGCACCACGUAUGACUUUGCACACUGCACCUUCACCGGAAACGAGUCGAAGCCGCUGUGCGUGGAGCUGGACGAACACAACCUGCCACGCUUCCCAGAGUGGAUCACCAUCCCCCUAGUAUGCAUCUACAUGCUCUCCACCAACAUCCUGCUGGUCAACCUGCUGGUCGCCAUGUUCGGCUACACUGUGGGUACUGUCCAGGAGAACAACGACCAGGUGUGGAAGUUCCAGAGGUACUUCCUGGUGCAGGAGUACUGCAACCGCCUCAACAUCCCCUUUCCCUUCGUCGUCUUCGCCUACUUCUACAUGGUGGUAAAGAAGUGCUUCAGCUGCUGCUGCAAGGAGGAAAACAUGGAGUCUUCCGCCUGCUGUUUCAGAAAUGAAGACAACGAGACGCUGGCAUGGGAGGGUGUCAUGAAGGAAAAUUAUCUCGUCAAGAUCAACACGAAAGCCAAUGACACCUCAGAGGAAAUGAGACACCGGUUCAGACAACUGGACACGAAGCUUAAUGAUCUCAAGGGCCUUCUGAAGGAAAUUGCUAAUAAAAUCAAAUGAAACUGCAUGAGCUCUAAUGGAGAAAACCCUAAUUACAGCCAGGGAAUGUCCCACAUCUACACCAGGAAUGUUCAGGAGUGCUGAGGAAUGAUUUCGCUAGUGACUACUAACCUGGAAUUUCCACCUUGGAUGGUCUUCAGCCAACACCUGGGGAUGGAGCGUGACGUUGAUGUCUGUUGGGAAGAUGGACCGGGGGAAGAGCGGCUCCUAUCCUGUGUCUCUGCUGAAGGAGGCUGCUCAUGGAAGCCUGCUGCUGGAUCCUGCGUACUCCAUUCCCGUCACAUUUGUAUUCUUGCCCUACAAAUAUUAAGGAAGGAGCAGGAUGACUUCUCUAAGAGCGGGAGCCGUCUUGCUUCCACUCCUGUGGUGUCUCUUGGUUCUGGAUGAUUCUCUAGUUAACACGUUUUCUGUAUUACCUAACUGAGCUUGUCAGUGGAGCCGGGUUCUAAAGCACGCUGCGGCAAGGGGACCGUGCUAUUUCCAGGAGCAGCUAUUUCAUCACUCGUGAUGCUUGGCCCUUAAUGAAGAAGAGGCUAUGUCAACAGCAUCGUUCCCUCUCAACCUCACAGGAGCCCCUGUGGAAGGCAGG